GUGUUCGGAGCCUCAAGUCCGUUCUCAUAGCAGUGCUCCCUUCCAUCUUCUAACGCAUGCUGCAGUCUCGACAGUGCUGUUCUUAGUUAUGGUCCAUACUGCGCUUCCUAGGGCACGGAUCAAAUAUCAUAUUUUCCUUGUUGCCAUGACUGUGCCGUUCGCCAGCGAUGAAUCUCUACGCUACGCUAUAUAACAUCAGGGCCAUCGACUUUCCUCUCUCAAAAGAUGCUCUCUUCCAUUCUUUUUCUUCUCCUGGCUCCCUGCAUGGGGGUCCAUUCACUCUCUUACAUCGGUGCUGACUUCUCUUCCUUGGUCAACUUGGAGAACUCGGGGACGUCUUACUCCGACGGAGGUAGCACUAAAGCUUUUGAAACGAUCUUGAGCAGUCACGGUGCCAACAUUGCACGCAUCCGGGUUUGGACUAGUGACAGCGACGACGAGUAUAGCCUAGACUAUGGUCUUGCGCUGGCGAAAAGGGCCGUCAAAGCUGGGAUGGCAUUGAUGAUUGACUUGCAUUAUAGCGAUACGUGGGCUGACCCAUCCAAACAAGGAAUUCCCUCUGCCUGGGAUGAAGAUUUGGACUCCUUGAACACGUCAAUAUACACAUACACCCUUGAUCUCGUCAAUGCAUUCAUUGACCAAGGGACACCUAUUGAUUAUAUUCAGAUCGGCAACGAGAUUAACGGUGGUAUUCUCUGGCCAACUGGAGAGGUAUCAGUCAAUGGCUACGAACCGCUCUCUGAGUUGCUCAACUCGGCAGUCAGCGCAGUUCGGGAAGCGUCGUCAACGACUAAGACCGUGAUUCACCUGGCCAAUGGCUGGGACGAGGACAGUGUCUUGUAUUUCUAUAAGAACAUUUUUUAUCAAGGCGCCCUGGAGCUUGAAGAUGUCGAUGUCAUGGCGUUUUCAUUCUAUCCCUUUUAUGACGAAGGUGCAACCUUGUCGGCUCUGAAGUCGAGUCUGAACACCGUGGUCUCUACAUAUGCGAAGGACAUAAUGGUUGUUGAAACCGACUGGCCUUAUGAGUGCUCUUCGGUCGUUUUGACAGAGAGUAUUUCUGUAUCUGCAUCUGGACAAGAAACUUGGAUGUCUGACAUACAGACAAUCUUAGAGGACUUAUCUGAUGACCAUGGAAUUGGUCUUGUCUAUUGGGAACCUGGUUGGAUUGGCAAUGCCGGUCUUGGUUCAUCUUGCGAAGAUAAUCUCUUGGUGGAUAGUUCAGGGAAAGCUAGAGAUUCCAUGUCGGUCUUUGGUAGCUAGUAAAAUACUAAACAGAUUUGGUGGCCAAGUACCGUUCAAUGGCGAAUCUGAUCUGCGCAAAGUACUGAUUUUGGGGAUCCGCGCACUCCACAAACGCGAUCUUGCCGAGUUUACUUACGCAUU